CGCAGAGCACGAAUAACUCAGUUGAACUCAAGCUGGGAAUCAGUCGCAAGUGGGUUUUCAGCCAGGAAAGGCGAACGACCGGACCUAAAUUCAGUGUUUAAACAAAGCCAUAUUAAUGUUAUCGCUGCACGUUCUGCUCCUCUGCGCAAUCGCAGGGUUCCAAUUGCUAAUCUCCGCAGAUGGAGAUCCCAUGAUAGAGGUCUUUAAGUGGAAGCAGCUGGACUUUUACAACCGCAAGGAUGGCUACAAGGAUUUGUGGAGCAGGCUCUGCAUCCCAGAUCCGCACGUCUAUAACUCCCGCAAGUGUUUGGGCUCCUCCAAUUCCGGAGCCAGCAGCACUGGAUCCUUCAUACAAUACAACAACGUGCCCCAGGGAGUGACCCACUUCCGAGGACGCCUCUUUGUCACUGUGCCCCGGCGACAGGAGGGCAUCCCGUCCACCUUGAACUACAUCGAUCUGGCCAAGGAUGGGUGGAAUCAGAGUCCCAACCUCCGUGCCUAUCCCAACUUGGCGUUGAAUCAGUAUAAUGCGAGCGAACAGAACCUGGUGUCCGUCUACAGGACCUCAGUGGAUACCUGUGGACGGCUCUGGUUCGUCGACACCGGAAUGCUGGAGUUUCCCAAUAAUCGCCAACAGAUCCGGCGUCCAAGUAUUUGGGUGAUCGAUUUGGCUAACGAUCGCAUACUAAAACGAUUUGAGAUCCCACAGAGGAUAGUGGAGAUCGGACGUGGACUGGCCAGCAUCACCGUCGAUGUGGGCCCACAAAGGUGCGGCGAUGCUUAUGCCUACAUUCCGGAUUUGGUCAAUCGCAGACUGCAUGUUUACCACCUGCGAAGCGAUAGAAUUUGGUCCUUUGAGCACAGCUACUUCAACUUUGACCCCCUUUCCGAUGAUCUCAACAUUGGCGGGCAGACCUUCCGCUGGGACGACGGGAUUUUCUCGGCGACCUUAGGAGAAUAUAAGCCAGAUGGCAGCAGGGAUGUCUACUUCCAUCCCAUGGCCAGCACGAAUGAGUUUGUUGUGUCAAACAGGGUCCUUAAGCAGGAGUGCAAUGCAGCACGCUCUGAUCAUGGAAACGACUUCCAGCUUCUGGGAACUCGUGGUCCGUCCACCCAGUCCACGAUGCACAAGUACGAUCCGCGGACCGGAGUGAUUUUCUUUGCCGAGGUCCAGAAGAGUGGAGUGGGCUGCUGGAAAACCAGCAAGCCUUUUUCAACGGAAAACCAUGGCUCUGUUUAUUCCAAUUCAUCGGAGAUGAUUUAUCCCAGCGACUUGACGAUCGACGAGGAGGGAUACAUUUGGGUGAUGUCCAACUCCAUGCCCAUCUUUGUGUAUUCGAAGCUGGAUGUGGAGAAGUACAAUUUCCGAAUCUGGAGGCAAGCGACAUCGCUGGCCAAGAGGGGAACAGUUUGUGAGUGAUUUGUGUGGA